AUGGAUGAUGAGAAUGAAGAGCAAGAUCCACAGUCACCGCCGCCUUCACCUCCACCUCCACCUCUACCGCCAGAAGAACAACCUCACUCCACAAGCCAAUAUGUACCUCAGAUACAGUUUUCUACGUCAUUCCCGAUACAUCCGCCGCAGUUUAACUCAAGAGAGGGAGGUUCUUUUAGCCAGUUGCUUGGGUUCAUGGCCUCAGAUGCCGGCCAAGCACAAUAUAGCCAGCAGCCCAACUUCAUGGCGGGUAGGUAUUCGUUUGACGCAAGGAGUGAGGGCGGUCGAGGAGUUCUUAAUAGUCAAAACCCGAGCCGUGUUUUGAUGACUCUGAUUGAAGAAAAUGCUAAUACAUUUGAGCAAGAGACUGAUGAGUACUUGGUGGAUGAGCCAGAUGACGAGGGAGACGAGGAGGAUGAGGAGGAGGAAGAAGAUGAUGACAUGGACCAGGAUAAAGAAUCCCGUAAUGAUGCAGGUGACACCUGCACUCCAGAUGAGACUGGAAAAGGCUACAAUUUCAGGAUUGAUCCACCGCGGCGUAGCACGAGCCGAUACACUCCGUCUGUGUUCAAAAAGACCGCGAAAAAAUGCAAGAACAUCGUGAACUUUGGAAAGUGGACAGCGAGGAAGUAG